AUGGCGCACGGCGGUAGCCAGAUGAGCCAGAGCGGUAGCGAAACGGACUUGCCAACAAGUGAUGCCGAGCGUCUCAUUGACGCAGUCAGAAGUCGCCCUAGCCUUUACGAUCUUGGCUGCAUUGAUUACCGGGACAAGCUCAGGAAGGAGAACGGAUGGGCGUCCGAAGCAAGUCUGAAAGAAGCAAGUCUGAAAAAAGCAAGUCUGAAAAAAGCAAGUCUGAAAAAAGCAAGUCUGAAAGAAGCAAGUCUGAAAGAAGCAAGUCUGAAAGAACCAAGUCUGAAAGAACCAAGUCGGAAAGAACCAAGUCGGAAAGAACCAAGUCGGAAAGAACCAAGUCGAAAAGAACCAAGUCGAAAAGAACCAAGUCGAAAAGAACCAAGUCGAAAAGAACCAAGUCGAAAAGAUCCAAGUCGAAAAGAACCAAGUCGAAAAGAACCAAGUCGGAAAGAACCAAGUCGGAAAGAACCAAGUCGGAAAGAACCAAGUCGGAAAGAACCAAGUCGGAAAGAACCAAGUCGGAAAGAACCAAGUCGGAAAGAACCAAGUCGAAAAGAACCAAGUCGGAAAGAACCAAGUCGGAAAGAACCAAGUCGGAAAGAACCAAGUCGGAAAGAACCAAGUCGGAAAGAACCAAGUCGGAAAGAACCAAGUCGGAAAGAACCAAGUCGGAAAGAACCAAGUCGGAAAGAACCAAGUCGAAAAGAACCAAGUCGAAAAGAACCAAGUCGGAAAGAACCAAGUCGGAAAGAACCAAGUCGAAAAGAACCGUCGAAAAGAACCAAGUCGGAAAGAACCAAGUCGGAAAGAACCAAGUCGGAAAGAACCAAGUCGGAAAGAACCAAGUCGGAAAGAUGUCUGACAGAAGCCUAA